AUGUUCAAAGCUACAAAGGUGGAUAUUAAACUCAUAGAACCAGAAUUUACAUACAAAGCUGGUGCAGAUUUUAUGCUGAUGAGAGCACCAAGCUACUGGAAUCGACUUGGUAGUUCAAAGAACAGAACUGCAGAGCAAAAUGUUGAAAGUAAACAGGUUGUAAAGGACCUACUAGGAGACAGCACAGACUCAACUGUAGUAGCAUUCACUGACGGCUCUUGUCAGGGUAAUCCAGGACCAUGUGGGGCUGGGGCGGUAGUAUAUUCCGGAAAUAGCGAAGGCGUGAGCUUAAAGAGGCCAGUAGCUAACAGAGGAUCAAUACUACUUGCCGAACUUGUAGCUAUCCUUAUGGUUCUGGAGCACUGCAUUACAUCAAUUAAGGACCAGUUUUCUGAGGUCAAAAUACUAUCAGAUAGCCAGACUGCUGUAGGCAUUUUGACUCUGCAGUGGAAAUCUUCAAACUACAUUGACACCAUAACAGACGUUAGAGAAAGUAUGGGGAUACUCUUGAGACACGGCAUACUAACAACCCUAUCUUGGAUCCCAGGCCAUGCUAAUAUAGCCGGGAACGAGAUAGCGGACCAAUUGGCGAAAGAUGCUGCAAAGGAGGCCUCAUCACUAAAUGAACAAUAUAAUGUCAUAACUAUGUCGGAUGUCAGAAGUGCAGUCAAGAUGUCUACAAAACUGAAAUGUGAAAAGUAA